AUGCCGUACGACCACGUGACAGCGUGCCUGACCAACAUCCUCAGGGCCGGAGCUGACCCCAACUCAUUCACAGGUCAAUGAAUGAGCGAAUCAGACAAAAACGCAGACAAUCAGACAGACAGACAGACAGACAACAAGAGCCUUGAUGCAUCCAAGGGGAGUCAUCGUGUGUGCGCGUGUGUGUUCAAGAUGAGCCAAAGGGCAAGCGGCGGACCUUAUUGCUCGUGGCCAUGGAGGAGGCCGUCAAAAUCGACACGACCGAGCGCAUUGAGAUACUCUUGCAGGCCAAGGCGGACCCCAACAAGCCCUCCGAGCCCCCCAACACCUACCCAGUCGAGUGGGCGGUGAGCCGCGGCCAGCUGCACCUCGCCCGUCUGCUGCUCACACACGGCGCCGACGUCAACCUGCCAUUCGACAAGAACGUGACGGCGCUGCACAUGGCGGUGCACGCCGACGAUAUGGACAUGGCCACACUGCUGGUGGUGGACCAUGGUGCCAACGUGAAUGCGACCGACAUCAAAGGCCAGACGCCCAUAUUCUUCGCCAAGUCGCGGGCGAUGUGCGGGCUGCUGGCGGCGCACGGGGCGGACCUGCACGCCCUCAACGCCCUGGGCCAGUCGGCGCUGCACCUGGCUGUGGCGCGUGACUGCCUGCCUGUGGUUGAGUACCUGACCGACGGCAGCCGUGUGAGUGGUCUGCUUGACGCGCAGGACUUCCAGGGUCUGACGGCUUUGCACGUGGCGGCCUACUACGACAACCGUCGGUGUGUGCGGCUGCUGUUGGACAUCGGUGCCGACUGGGGUCUGAGGAGCAAGAACGGCCACACGGCGCUUAGCCUGGCCGACAAGCAGAAGCACGACCAACUGGCCUUCUACCUGUACAACAGACAGACACAGCGGCUGUGGGGCGGCUGGGGGGUCCUCAGGAACCCCGUGUUUCUCGUCGGCAUGGCCGUCGUGGGCACCGCUGCUGUACUCAGGUACUACGUGAUAUACAAGGGGAAUAAGUAAAUGGCUGACAGACAGACGGGGCGGUGCAUUGAUUUGACUGAUGGUUUGGUUGGUUGAUUGGCUCAGGUGGGGUGACAUUCAGAGCCUGGUGGUCGACCUGUUUGAGGGCUUCCGGGCCGCACACACGCAGUGAGGCGUGCGCUGCAUGGCCAUCGACGGUCACAUGCAGGCAGGCAGGUCCAUCAAAUCAACGCAGGGAGGUGCAGUAACUGCAGUGCCUGCAGAGGAGAGAUGUGUGUGUGAGAGGAAGGUGUGUUGUGUGAUGUCGUGCGCUGCGUGUCGUCAUCUUAUCUGGUUGUCUGGUCUUUGCUCCCUCCGUUUUGCUCUUCCUUGUCCGCGUGUGCAGGUAAGGUAGAUAGGUUGCUCGACUGACUGACUAAGUGGGUCUCUCGCUGGUGUCCGUGACGUGCUGUGCUGUGCUUGCCUUGAGUGUCUGAUGCAAUUGCAGCCUUGACUGCGUUAUUAGUGCUGUGCUGUGCUUGCGUGACGUGAGUCAGUGGGUGCGUCGGUGAGUGUGCGCGUGGUGUCAGUCAACUCUUGAUGGAUGGACACUGAAUGAAUGAGGGAAUGAAUGCCUUUCCUUGAGUGAAUGUGUACGCAUCCAGGCAGUGUGUAGAAUGAAUGGAUACAGACAGACCAUC